CUGACGUGGGAGCGCCGAGUUCCCGGGCGCGCUUCCUCCCCGCCGGGGCGCCACACUCCCGGAGCCGGGGUCCCCAAGUGGGUCGCGGCGGCAUCCUCAGGCCAGGCCCCGGGGGGAGGGGGCGGCCUGGCGGCAGUGGCGGGGUCCGCACGGGCCGCGAAAGCGGGGCCAUGGAGCCGGGGGAGUCGGGGAAGACUCCUGUGACGUUUGAUGACAUCACAGUGUACUUGCUCCAGGAGGAAUGGAUGCUGCUGAGUCAGCAACCGAAGGGCCUCUGUGAUUCUGAUAAGCUGAUGGCACCCCUAGGGAAAAACCAGAUGGGCUGCAUGGAGGAAACGGAUGUGCGGGGACCUUCCAGGGAGAGUGGCCAGUCCCCACCACCUCAGAAGGAAGCCUGCCUGGCCUCCAUCAGGGCAGAGAGUGGCAUCAUCCAGCGAGUCUGGAGGGGAGAAAGCAAGAAAUCCGUGAAGCCCCGCUCUAUCCAGAAGUCCUGGUUUGCACAGUUUCCCUGGCUGAUCAUGAACGAGGAACAGACAGCUCUGUUUUGCUCUGCCUGUCGAGAAUACCCAUCAGUCAGGGACAAACGGUCAAGGCUAAUAGAAGGCUAUACAGGACCGUUCAAGGUGGAGACGCUGAAGUACCAUGCCAAAAGCAAUGCCCACAUGUUCUGUGUCAAUGCUUUGGCCACCAGGGACCCCAUCUGGGCAGCCCGGUUUCAGAGCAUCAGAGAUAGAUCUGCAGAUAUCCUGACCAACUCCAAGCACUUCUUCCCUGCGGAUUAUCCUGUGUUCUUCCCUUCAAGGUCUCUAGGAGACUUAGGUAGCAUGAGUGAGCUCCUGCCAAGCUCAAGAGCUGAACCAGAGGAAACUGGACGGUGUGGAGCCCUCCCUUCAUUGCAUCAAGAUUGCCUGUCAGAUUUGAGGCAAAAAGAAGUCACCACUGGCAUCCACAGCUCCUCAGAUGCGAACCUUUUAUGUAAUGAUGCUGUUGAACCCUGCAGCCAGGAACCUCCUGAGGAGAGGUCACCAGAGGCUACGGUGGUGGUGGCAGAACCCCCAGUGGUGUUUGAGGACGUGGCUGUGUAUUUCACCCAGGAGGAGUGGGGCCUGAUGGACAAGCGGCAGAAGUGCCUGUACAGAGAUGUGAUGCGGAUGAACUAUGAGCUCCUGGCUUCUCUGGGGCCUGCUGCUGCCAAGCCAGACUUGAUCUCAAAACUGGAACGGAGAGCUACGCCCUGGAUCAAGGACCCAAACCAGCUAAAGUCAGGGAAAGGCCACCCCUCAGCACUCACUGAACGCAGUAUUGAACUGGCAGAAGCCUGUGGAACUUGGGACAGCAAAACUCAGCGCCAUUUCAUUUUCUCCAAAGUGAAAAAGAAGGCGAUGACCGUAAGCAAGGCAGACACCCAGGUCUCAGCUGCAGAAUCUACACCGCUUCCAGCUCUGCCCAUGGAGACAUGGCCCUCCUACUGCCCUGCCAGUAUGCAUGAAGUAGACGAGGGCAGACCUCAGAAAGUCAGCAGGACUUAUAGACCUCGUUCCAUCCAGAGGGCAUGGUUUGAGCAGUUCCCCUGGCUAGUCAUUGACCCCCAAGAGACCAAGCUGUUCUGCUCAGUCUGCAAAGAACGACCUAGUGUCCACGACAAAUCAUCGCGGUUAGUCCAGGGUUACACUGGGCCUUUCAAAGUGGAGACUUUAAAAUACCACGAAGUCAGCAAGGCCCACCAGCUCUGCGUCAACACCGUGGAAAGCCAAGACGGCGGCAGCCCUCAUGCCGCUCUCGCUCCAGAGAUCUCCAGCGACCUCAUGGCCAACAUGGAGCACUUCUUCAAUGCCGCCUACUCCAUCGCCUACCACUCCAGGCCCCUGAAUGACUUUGAGAAGGUCCUGCAGCUUCUGCAGAGCACCGGCACUGUGAUCUUAGGCAAGUACCAAAACCGUACCGCAUGCACUCAGUUCAUCAGAUACAUCUCCGAGACGCUGAGGAAGGAGAUCCUCAGUGAACUCCGGAGCUCCCCAUGCGUGAGCGUGCUGCUAGACAGCUGCACGGACUCCUCGGACCAGGCCUGUGUGGGGAUUUACAUUCGCUACUUCAAGCAGAUGGAGGUGAAGGAGUCGUACAUCACCCUCGCCCCCCUCUACAGCGAGACAGUGGACGGGUACUUUGAGACCAUCAUUGCUGCCUUGGACGAGCUGGACAUCCCUUUCCGGAAGCCUGGCUGGGUGGUGGGCCUGGGCACUGAUGGCUCCACCAUGCUGAGCGGCAAGGGAGGCCUUGUGGAGAAGUUCCAGGAGCUCAUCCCCCAGCUGCUGCCCGUCCACUGUGUGGCCCACCGGCUGCACCUGGCUGUGGUGGACGCUUGUAGGAACAUCGACCUGGUAAGGAAAUGUGACCGGCACCUGCGAACCAUCUUCAAGUUCUAUCAGUCCUCCAACAAGAGGCUGAGCGAGCUGCGGGACGGCGCGGCUCCCCUGGAGCAGGAAAUCGUCCGUCUGAAGGACUUGAACGCUGUCAGAUGGGUGGCCAGCAAGAGGCGCACACUGAACGCGCUCAUCGUGAGCUGGCCCACGCUGGCUAGGCACCUCCAGAGUGUGGCUGAUGCAGGGGGCCCAGUUGGGCAGAGGGCCAAGGGCAUACUGAGGCUGGUAAAGGGCUUCCAUUUCAUCAAGUUCUGCCACUUCCUUCUGGACUUCCUGAGCAUCUUUAGAGCUCUGUCUGAGGUGUGCCAGCAAGACAUGGUGCUGAUCACAGAGGUGAACUCCACGCUGGGGCAUGCCUAUGUAGCCCUGGAGACCCUCCGUCACGGGGCGGGGCCCACAGAGGAAGAGUUCAAUGCCAGCUUCCAGGAUGGGCAGCUUCAUGGCAUCUUGCUGGCCAGGAUGGAAAUGGCAGAGCAGCGGUUCCAGGAGGACAGGGAGAGGACAAUCCUGACUGGCUUGGAGUACCUCCGGCACAGGUUUGACACAGCCCGCCCCCCGCCACUCAAGCACAUGGAGGUGUUCGACACCAUGGCCUGGCCAGGUGGCGCUGACCUGGCCCACUUCGGGAAUGAUAACAUUCUCAGCCUUGCCAGGUAUUUCGAUCUCUCCCUGCCCACAGGGUACAGUGAGGAAGUGCUGCGGGAGGAGUGGCUGGACCUGAAGGUCUCUGCUCAGAAUCUCCCGUUCUCCAUGCUGUGUAAGAACACCCUGGCCCAGCAGCAGCGCUUCCCCUUGCUGAGCAAGCUCAUGGCCGUGGUGAUCUGCGUGCCCAUCUCCAAUUCCUGCUGUGAGCGGGGCUUCAGAGCCAUGAACAGGAUCAGGACCAAUGAAAGAACCAAACUCUCCAACGAGGUACUCAACACGCUCAUGAUGACGGCAGUGAACGGAGUGGCGGUGACAGAGUACGACCCCCAGCCUGCCAUCCAGCGCUGGUACCUGACCUCCUCGGGCCGGCGCUUCAGCCACGUCUACGCCUGCACCCAGCUGCCAGCCCGCUCCCGGGCAGGCACAGAGCUCAAGAAGGAGGAGGUGGUGGGAGCACUCUGCUCAGAGAAAUCUGUGACCCAGAAGAUGCUUGUGACACCACCUGGGGAGCCGUGGGCAUUCUGAAGGUCAUAUUCAGCGUCUAAGACUUGCCCCCUACCAGCCCAGGGGUCCACCAGGGUCCUGAGGAGAGGUGGCCUGAAGAAGCCUUUGGGGAACCCCACAUGGCCUUGUCCCGGUGGUCAUGGGGAGAGGCUAGCUGUCUUGUUUGGGGUAUCUCAUAAGCCCGGGAUGCUGGCAGUGAGACAAUGAGGGACAAGGCAGGAGACAGCACCUGUCACCCGGGGGCCUCUUUAAGCUCAGCAAUACCCACUAGCACAAAAGUAACCUGGGAAGGUGGUUAUCUCAAGUCUCCUUUUAAGGUGCUCCAAGAAAGAGUCCUGUCAUGAGCAAGUCGUCGCCACACUUGCACUGAUGACAGAACUUCCCCGAAGUGGGGAGACAGUUGGUGGAGGCUGGGGAGAGCUCAGGAACCCUCCUCACCUGUGGCAGCAUGCUGGGGAGGUGGCCUACAGGGGAAGUCACCUUGGGGACCCUGGCUUGGAGGAACUCCAGGAGCGGCCAUUGCAGACGGCUGACCCCAGCUCCCAUGGCAGAAGCCAGGGAGCUUUUGACUGUGGGAAAUGGGUCUGGUGAAUUUCUCUGCCUCCAUCAGCACUGCCUUCAGGAGGAAACAGACAGAAAGCCUUUGUGCA